UCAUGCUCAUUAAUGACAAGAUAAGGAGGGAACGUGUAGUUGCAAACGAUAUAACGUGCCUUGGCGGAAGAAUCACGAAUUUUCACCGAACACGAAUCGGCGUGUUAAAUCUCCGGUUAAUUGGUUCGUGUUGUGCGUUUAAUCAUUGCGUGGAGAGACAUCGUAUUCAGUUUUAUUUCGACAACCGGGGAGCAUCGAAGGACGAUGGAACUGUGAAAAGCAAAAUCAGUAUACUAAACCAGUUUGAAAUUCCUUCAAACGAUCGAGAAAGAGGAGAAAAAGAAGGAAGUGAAGCAUAGAGUGGCAAGCGUGAAAAUCAGGCCGCAACGAUGAAGUUCACAAAUCCGCUGCCACAGUUUAAAAAAUGCAUAGUAUUAUUUUUGCUGAGCAUCAGUUGCAGCGUCCUGUCCUAUCUUAUAUAUCUCAUCGAUCCAGUAAAAUUGGUGCUGGAUUACAAACUUCAAAUGGCGCCAGACUCGAUGCUUUUCGAAUUAUGGAAGAAGCCUCCCAUUGAUGUUUACAUAAAAGUGUACAUAUUCAAUGUCACGAACGCGGAGGAAUUCCUCAAAGGCGGUGUGAAAUUAAAGGUUGAGGAGAUCGGCCCCUACGUCUAUAAGGAGGUUUUAGAAAACGAAAAUAUCACCUGGCACGAGAACGGCACGAUCUCGUUCGUCCCGAUGAGGAAGAUAGUGUACGUACCGGAAAUGUCAGUCGGCAACCCGGAGGAUGAUUGGGUCGAUGUGCCGAAUAUACCCAUGUUGGGAUUCUUCUCGACGAUUCACAACGCCGGAUUUUUCGUGAACUACCCCCUGACCAGCCUGACGAACGUGUUACAAAGUAAACCGAUACUACACUUAAGCGUUCAGGAAUAUCUGUGGGGUUACGAAGAUCCUCUGAUUCGUUUGGCAAGUGGAAUCCUGCCAAAUUACAUAGACUUCGGUAAAUUCGGAUUGCUCGACAGGAUGUACGACGAGGGGAAGAACGUCGUGCUCAUGAACAUAAAGAAAAAUAAAAACAUGACCGAGGAGGAAGGACGUUAUUUAAGUAUAGAAUUGUACAACGGCAAUCGAGGAUUAUCAUAUUGGGGAUACCGCGAGGAAAAAGAAAUACGUCCAGAAAACACAGUUUGUAAUCGCGUAAAAGGAAGCACCGAAGGAGAAUUAUUCCCAAUGUAUAUCGACAAACAUGCUGUAUUCAGAAUAUAUAGAAAAUCGUUGUGCAGACCGAUACCAAUUGUUUUCAAAGAGGAAGUGAUGCUAGAGAACGGUAUAAAUGGUUAUCUUUACACCAUGCCCGACAAUUUCUUAGAUCCUCCUGACCAAAAUCCAGACAACGCGUGUUAUUGCAGAAACAAGGAUAAAUGUCUGAAGAAAGGGCUAUCUGACCUGACGCCGUGUUACUAUAGAAUCCCUGCAGCGAUGUCUUUACCACACUUCCUUAACGGUGAUCCCAGUUUAGUGGAAGAUAUCGAUGGUAUAAAACCAGAUCCGGAAAAACAUUCUACAAGGGUUAUUUUACAACCGACAAUCGGUAUCCCGAUGAAAGUGAACUCAAAAAUGCAGAUCAAUCUCGUCAUGCAUCCUACUAGCUAUAAUCGCCGGAUUAAACCCUUCAGCAAUAUGGUAAUACCCUUAUUCUGGAGUGAAAUGGUAAUAGACGACGUUCCCGAUGACUUGAUGCUUCUCAUGAGACUCGCACUUCAAAUAGGACCAAUAGGACAAACGGUGAUAAUAUGGUCGCUGGCUAUUGUAGGGAUGGUGCUAUUUGUGUUGUUGGUACCAACCAUAUUCUGGAUCAUUAAUCAGCAACAACAGCAACAGGAGACAAUGCAGACUGAAAACAGGAGAGACAGCGACGAUUUACGAAUACCGUUGAACUAUGGUCAAUACGCAACAAUACGUAUUUUACCGGCUGUUAGAAAAAUCACGUCGAAAACUGAUUUAUUUAGCUAACUAAUAACUAUCAAAGUACUUAUGUACGAUGCUCAAUUUUAUCUUAAUAUAAAACAAGGGGGUAGAAAUAAGAAGAAAUAAGAAUCUUUUUAUCCAUGA